AUCAACAGCGACGUAUGAGGAAAACUAAUAUUCAUGGAUAAGCCUUAACGUUUUGAUAUUUCUGUUGUGAUAGCUGCAAAAUGGAACAAAGGGGACGUGCGAUAUGGCGGAAACCACACACAAGGUUCUUCGUUGUGGCAGUUUUGCUUUUGUUUGAGAAAACGAUUUGUGUGCAGAUACAAUGGGUUAUUUCUGAAGAACAGAAUGAUGGAACCCUGGUUGGUAAUAUCGCCAAGGAUUUAGGUAUCGACCACAGAAUCCUAAAAGAGCGAGGAUUACGCAUUGUUUCAGCCUCGGCAGAGUCGAGGUUCCGAGUGAAUCAGGACGACGGAGGACUUUAUGUGAACGGAAAAAUAGACAGAGAAGAAGUCUGCGCUGGAGGCAACGCUUGUUCUGAAAAUUUAAAAAUUGUUCUUGAAAAUCCACUGGAGAUUCACUACGUGUCAGUACAUAUUUUGGACAUAAACGACAACUCUCCGAAUUUCAUUCAGAAAACAAAACAUUUGGAUAUAGGAGAAUCAGCCUUACCAGGGACACGAUUCCAGCUCCAAGCAGCUCACGACCCUGAUAGUGGAAGCAAUUCUAUUCAGAAUUAUAAACUGAGUCACAACGAUAAUUUUCGAUUCGAAGUCAAAGAUCGUGAUGAAGACGGUAAAAUUCCUAUUCUAAUAUUACAAAAGCAGUUAGACAGAGAAGCUGCACAAACUAUAAAAUUGUUAUUAACUGCUGUAGACGGGGGAAAACCAUCAAAAUCCGGAACAAUGGAAGUAAUCAUAAAUGUCCUGGAUAUAAAUGAUAACGCACCUGUUUUCACUGAAGAGACAUAUACUGUAAUGCUGCAGGAAAACGCGCCGAUAGGCACAACAGUAAUACGGUUAAAUGCCACAGAUUUGGAUGACGGCUCAAAUGGCGAGAUUGUUUAUUCCAUUGGUAACAAUCUAAACAGAAAAAUACGGGAACUUUUUGAAAUAUCCCCGACCACUGGUGAAAUCAUUGUGAAGGGAGUUUUAGAUUUUGAAAUCAAAGACAAAUAUGAAAUUGAUAUCCAAGCAUCCGACAAAGGCGUUGUACCAAUGAUAUCAGACAAAACAGUAACUAUAAAGAUUGUAGACGUGAAUGAUAAUGCGCCAGAGAUAGAGGUGACAUCAUUUUCAAGUACCAUUCCAGAAGAUUCAAAAUCUGGGACUACAGUUGCUUUGAUAAGUUUAUCUGAUUUAGACUCUGGGGUCAAUGGAAAGGUGUCUUGCUCAGUAAGCGAGCACAUGCCUUUCAAGCUUUUGUCAGCCUCACAUGAUAAUGUUUACUCUUUAGUCACAUCGUCCACACUUGACAGGGAAAUUGCGUCUCAAUAUGUUAUUACAUUAACUGCAAAAGACGCAGGGGAACCUUCGUUGACAUCAGUGAAGACUAUAACUGUACAAGUAUCAGAUGUAAAUGAUAACAGUCCCGAGUUUAUUAGUUCCCCAUACACGUUUUAUGUAAUGGAAAACAAUACUCCAGGAACAUCUUUGUUUUCUGUAUUUGCUUUUGAUCGAGACUCAAACGAAAAUGCAGAAAUCAGCUAUCAGAUAUGGAGAGAUAAUCUCAAAGAGAACCAGUACACAUCGUUUAUCAAUGUUCAUUCAGAAAAUGGCGCCAUAUACGCGUUAAAAAGUUUUGACUUUGAGACAGUAAAGACCUUCCAGUUCUUCGUGCUUGCUACAGAUUCAGGAACUCCAUCACUGAGCAGCAACGUCACCGUGAACGUGUUUUUUCUGGACCAGAACGACAACGCUCCAGUGAUCUUAUAUCCAAUAAGUGCUAAUGGAUCUGCUGAAAGCGAGAAAGAGAUUCCCCGAAAUGUGAAUUCAGGACAUUUGGUGACUAAAGUGAGAGCCUAUGAUGCAGAUAUAGGAUACAACGGCUGGUUAUUAUUUUCAUUAGUGGAAGUAACUGACCACAGUCUCUUUGGUUUGGACCGCUACACUGGACAGAUCAGGACUCUUCGGUCAUUCACAGAAACAGAUGAGGCUAAACAUAAACUGGUCAUACUUGUCAAAGACAAUGGUAACGUUUCACUUUCAGCAACAGUGACUGUGAUCGUUAAACUCGUUGAACCAAAAGAGGCUUCUGCUGCAUCCGAUGUUAAAAACCCAGUAACAAAUGAAGCAGAAAAUGAUGUUAAAUUUUAUUUGAUUCUUACGUUGGGCUCGGUUUCAUUUCUUUUCAUUAUCAGCAUCAUCGUGUUGAUUAUAAUGCAGUGCUCCAAAUCUACAGACUAUACUUCCAAAGAUUUCCAAGAUAUAAAUUACGACGGGACACUGUGUCACAGCAUCCAGUACAGAUCUGGAGAUAAACGCUACAUGUUAGUAGGACCCAGAACGAGUAUCGGUUCUACUCUAGUUUCAGGCAACAAUGGGAAUACUCUAGUGAUACAAGAUCGCAGGAAAAGAACGUCUGUUGAGGUAAGAAAGAUGUGCAUACGAAGUCGAACCUUUAGUAUCUACGGCAAAACCCCUUAUACACGACGGGUUCAGUACCUCUCCUUUAAAAAAAACAGUCGAUGUUUCCUGAUAGUUGUUUAA